UAGUGGUAUUAGUACAAUUUCUAAAAUUCUUCCGGACAGACUGACUUGAACGUAAACAUAUUGUCUACCACGUGUUGCGUCUUACCAGCUAGCGAAUGUAAAUUCUACUGCCUCGAUGUCACGGAAUUAGCUUGAUUUUCUUUGCGCGAGGUCUUCGUCAGAAGAACAGCUUAUCCCGAACGGAUUUGGUUUUUAUCACGGAUCAUCACGAAAUAUAUGCAUAAGUAUGGUGAAUUCUAUGAUUAUUUAAUCAACCCCAAAAACUUCUAGGUUCAAACACGGCUGGUUGUACGACUAUCCAUUUGAAAAGUAGCUCACAAUCAGUCCCAGAAUGCGCCUAUUACGUUAUCGAUGGGGCUGGUUAUAGGGAGCGGUCAUCCACGUACAAAUACAGUUGUGAGUGAUUGAAAUAUUGAUUACGAAUGUUUGUUUUAUCUUACAGAACCUUUUGGCUUAUUGUCCAUUUUAUAUCCGUUGGUCCACCCCUCACCGUGGCCGUUCAAGUCACCUUCGACUUCAUCGGUAGCUCGUUAUACCUACCAUCCAUCCUGUACGAAACGCCUUUUUUCCAGGCUUGACUAUUUAUGAAAUUAAAAACAUUCUUCUAGAAUUUGGAAUACCUACCUACGUACAUUGCGAUGCUAACUUCUAUGUAACUCUGGUGAAUGAUGCGAGCUAUUUCUCGGUGCAAGUUUACUUAGCAUAUAGCUGAAACUUUGUACACUGUACUCUUCGCAAAAAAACGAGUUUCUCGAAGAAGAUAAAAAUUCCGGGCUUAAGUUUGUAGAAGUUUUUACUGGGAGGCGUGCAUAUAACCAUGUACAAUCUAUUAAUUACAACAAUACGUUUUCGAUCAGAUUUAGAUUCAGAAGUUUUUCAAAAUUUGCACUCACUUUUGAAAAAUAUUCAGACUUACUUUUCGAAAACCUUGAGAACCGAUUUCGCGGAUUUUUGGAUUAGAGCGAUAUAGUUGGAUGAAAUAUUUUCAACUUCUUGUAUCUCGUUCUUGAUCAAUGUUAUAACGAGAUUAUCACAAGUUCGGUUUCACCAGCCGAUGUUGCUGCACGGCUACAGCCUCGAUGUCACGGAAUGAAAAACAUUAAUAAUCGCGGAUCACACAGCGAAAUAUACAGUUUUCAUAUAUAGAUUAUUCUAUUCGUUUUACACGAAAUGUGUAAAAAUAUUAUUAUUAAUCAAAUAAAAAAAGCUUGUCUCUAAUUUACAUCGUCAUGCCAAUGCAGACACUCUGAUUUUAACUAAUUAAUAAUUAAUCAAUUCACUGGCUGCACGAAUAGCAACUUUUGAAUAACUUUCAUUAUCUGGUCUCGCACGCACGUUUAAUAAAUAAUUUCCAAAACGUAUAGUUCAGACUUACAAUUAAUUCUCCUCACUUCGAUGCUACGACCAGUUUGCCGUAGAUUUGUGACCAGGUAGCAACACAAAAAAUAUGGCGACUUUCACGGGUAAUUCGGUAGUACAUAAAAAAUCGAGCAGAUUUCAAGAAUGGGUCUACGACUAUUUGAAAAAUAAUACCGUCGCUGGAUGCGCCUAUUACGUUACCGAUCGUGUGUCCUAUAAAGAGAGGAUUGCCUGGCUCUCGGUUCACUUCAUUCUCGUCAUACUGGUCAUUUUCACUAUCGGCGAGGCUACUUUUGAGUUUAUGGAUAGUCCUACAGUGACCACCGUGGAGACAACGACUUACCCCAUUCAAAAUGUAUAUUUUCCGGGGGUAGCUAUCUGCGAUCUAAAUAAAAUCAGUUACGGAGCCGCGAUGGAAAUUGCCGAGGAAAUCGUGAACUCGAAUCUUUUCGGUAACUUUACAGUUACAGAGGUUUUUGAUAUGUUGAAAUAUCUGGGACACUUGUACCUAUUCGAAUUGGAUGAAAGUGAAACGUACGACGUUAUGCUGCUCCACAAAAUAUUACUCAGACGUUACGGGCCCUACGUAGCCCAUAUAAUAGAAAGGUUAUCACCCUCUUGUCGACAAAUGAUGAAGAACUGUUUUUGGGGUAGCAUAGAACGGCCGUGUGAGGAUAUAUUCUUCACACGACCAACCGGAGAGGGUUUGUGUUGUGUUUUCAACCACGAUCGAAGAACGGAAGACUCUCAAAGUCAGAUAUACGAAAACGAUGUUCCAACCACUGGUAAGGUCGAGACUUCGCGUGCGAUCGGCUCCUGGAAUGGUCUGACGGUGGUCGUUGAUCCCCAAAUUUCGGACAAUUAUUACAAAAUGCAUCCAACGUCGGGGUUCAAGGUAUUGAUUUUCUCAUCCUUCGAUUUUCCCGACGCAUCCAGCGGCGGGCUUACCGAAGUCCUGGUCUCACCCCACACGGUAACUUCGAUGCAUUUACAGGCUACGACCUUCUACUCGGUUCCGCAAGUGGUUGAUUAUGACAUUCUGAAAAGAGAGUGCCUCUUUGGACACGAGUUAUCUCGUAAAUUUCAAGGAUACUAUUCGUACAGUGACUGCAUAAUGUACUGUAGGAUAGAUGAUAUUGAAAAUUUUUGUCACUGUGUUCCGGUCUUUUAUCCGCACCCCAGAAACAGUCAAACUGAUCGUCCCUGCGAUCUACGCGACUUACCGUGUUUGAGGAAAUUUCGAAAUAGAUGGUGGAGAAUGAAGCCAAGGAUCGACGAAUCGGCGACACAAUUUUAUUACCGCGAUUUGGGACUUAUGAACGAAACCGAUGGCGCUUUAAACUGCGAACAAUGUUAUCCAGCUUGUGCCGAUGUUUCUUACAAAGUUUCUGUCAGUGCCGCCUCUCUGACGUCAUCGAAAAUGGUCAUUGGCAAGACAGUUGAUAAAUUCGACGACCACAGCAUCAUUAGUGUGUAUUUCAAAGAACCUGGAACAGUCAGACUCAAGCAAGACGUUCUCUUUUACUGGUACGAGUUGAUGAGUAACUAUGGCGGUAUAUGCGGGUUCUUUCUCGGCGUCAGCUUACUCAGCGUAGUUGAACUCUUUUACUUUUGUACCCUACGUCUCUACAGAUGGAAGGGUAUUACUUCAAAAGAGGAGAAAAAGUCGCAGUUUAUCUUCGUAAAAGCUGCAAAACCUAGCUUACAGCCUUUGUACUGGAAGGAAAUGAUUCAGCCAAAUAUCAGAUAUUAAUUACUCAGGUCAAUAACCAUUCAAACUUACACAGAGAAUUCGUGUUGAGUCAAUGCAUACGUAUAACUACGAAACAUGUUUUUAGCCGCUUAUAAUAAUUGUGUGUGCGUGUGUUUUAUUUUUUCAAAUCUCACAUCAUGGCUGUGAUGCUUGAAUAAAUAUAUUCCGGUAACGCCCGAUCCGGUUGACAUAUUGUGAAACGUAAAAGCUGAUUGUAAAGUUUUGCAUAAUUAACAGUUUGCGCCACUACAGCGGUACGAUUAGAUUCGGAAAUUAUUCAUUAGACCUUCUUCGGUGUGAGGCAUGCGCCAAGUAGUUCAUUCCGUGUAUACAUAUAUUUGGAUUUUACACUCCGAGCUUUGAAUAAAAUGAUUAGUUUGCUUCAGAAAUUUUUACACGUCUUACGAAACUUCGAGAAGUCAAACUCUAUGACUGUUAAAUCGACCCGCAAGAGUUCUAUAGAUUUAAACAUAGCUCGCUUUACGACUGUCUAAAAAAUAGCAGAGUGUUUGUAUCGUUUUGCAGGGUCUUCUCGCUAAUUAUGGCAUACUUUACAUCUAUCGGUGUACUUUUUGUCACGGUAUUCCAAGCAACUGUCCAAUUUUUUUCUAAUCACUUAGUUUCCACCGUACAGACUACCCCAUAUCCUCUCCAAGAGGUUUCUCUUCCAGGGGUGGCUAUUUGCGAUAUUAGCAGAAUCAGUUAUAGCGCCGAGGUAGAAGUUUCGGAAGAAAUAUAGGGUGGUUUAAAGCGUAGUUAACUGCAAGUAACGACAUUUCCACUUGGUUCGUUCAACUGUAUCGUUUUUGUUAUUUUCGUACGAUUCAAUAAAAAAAUUUAAUGUCCA